CGAAACAAAAGUACACCGAAAUUGACAAUACGAUGCUAACACAAAUUUACACAAGCGAAACAAAGUCCACUGAAAUCGACGACACCAUACCAAUGACAAAUUCACACAAGCAAACAAAAUCUACCGAAAUCGACGACACGACGCCAACAACAAAUUCACACAAGCGAAACAAAGUCCACUGA